GUGUAAGAGUGCUACUAACGAAGAAGAAGUUGUGUGGCUAGUUUGGUCCUCAGUUUUUUUUUAACUGAACCGACAUUUCUUCCCCAGACUCUUAAAUUCCAGUGGAAGCGCGAUGACCCGGCACGGGAAGAACUGCACGGCCGGAGCUGUGUACACAUACCACGAGAAGAAGAAAGACACAGCGGCGUCUGGAUACGGGACACAGAGCAUCCGACUGGGCAAAGAUGCGAUCAAAGACUUUGACUGCUGCUGUCUGUCCCUGCAGCCCUGUCAGGACCCUGUGGUGACUCCAGAUGGAUUCUUGUAUGAAAAACAGGCCAUUCUUGAAUACAUUCUGCACCAGAAGACAGAGAUAGCCAAAAAAAUGAAGGCGUAUGAAAAGCAGAGGCAGGCGCAGAAAAGCACCAGCCAACUGGAGUCCAAGUCAGAGGAGAGAGAGCGGGUGGAGAGGUUUAAAAGCAGAGAGAACAGCAUCGUGUCCAAACCCAUUAACCCAUUCACAUCUGGACAGAGCAAAGGAGGAGAGAAGAGCAGGACAGAUGGCAGCUCAGCAGAAUCUUCCAGUUCAGCUUCAGCUUCCUCCUCCAGCCAGACCCUGCCCAGUUUCUGGAUUCCCUCCCUGACACCAGAGUCCAAGCCCACCCUGCUCAAGAAACCAAGUAAGGUUGUGUUAUGUCCCAUGUCAGGACGACCCAUUAAGAUGAACGAGCUUAUCACAGUGCGCUUCACCCCGCUGGACCCGAGUCUGGAUCGAGUGGCCCUGCUCACACGCCAGGACAGAUAUGUAUGUGCAGUAACCAGAGACGUCCUCGGCAACAGUGUCCCCUGUGCUGUCCUGCGCCCCUCGGGGACUGUGGUGACUGAGGAGUGUGUGGAAAAGCUGAUCAAGAAGGACAUGACUGACCCUGUGACCGGAGAAAAACUGACCGAAAGAGACAUCAUUCCACUGCAGAGGGGUGGAACUGGCUUCGCUGCCUCCGGGGUCGACCUCAGUGCCAAAGAGGCUCGUCCAGUGAUGCAGGUGUGACACAGGAUCGAAGACUGCACAGCUUUGUCACAAUGAUUCUAUGUACAUCCCUGUUGUAGCUCACUGAGUGUAAACCAUGAAAUAUCCUUCUUCUAGUGUGUCGACAUCUUUUACUGUGUUUUUUAAACCUUUGUUGUGUGCAGGAAUAUUUUUGUUGUACCUUUUGUUGUAUUUUUUCCAUCAUAGCUGGUGAAAUUCAGUCAAUGUGAAAAGCAGCUUCCCCCUCUUUGUAAAGAUCGAUUUUGCCUAUGUACUAUUACUAUGUCUAUAUAUAAAAUUGGAUUAUAUCGUUUGGCACAAGACUUAACCUGUCCCCUCUGUCAGGUCACAAACUAACAGAUUUUGCAGAAACACUGUCUGGUUAUUUUAGACUCUACAUAAGAGUAGAAUCAAAUACAUUAAUCUAUUGCCAUGUGUUGCAAAAUGGCUGAAAAGUAAAAUAAAAUUCCAAUUCAGAGCCAGAGGAUUAGCUUCACAGGAUUUGCAGCUGCUGAUUAAAAAGUCUCCAAAUGUUCCAUCCUAAUGUCGAGAUAAAUGUCACACAUUUCACUGAAUUAAUUUUUUGUUUUAGAAGCUUAGCUGUUGUAUCAUGUGAUGGUCAGGGACCUGCCAGCAAUGACUUUAUGUUUCAGUCAGAUUCUGCUUCCUAUUAAACUGCACAUUACUAGUUUGA